AUGACGUUAAGGUCAGUGGUUUCAACCUCACAAUCCUUAACUUUUGUCUCUGAUAGAGAGAAGGGACUUAAGAAAUCAGUGAUUGAGGUAUUUGAGAAUGCCCACCAUGGCUACUCAUUGCACCGCCUUCUUGAAAGCUUUAAGAAAAACUUGAAGGGUCCAUUCCAUGGAGAUGGGAAGGGUUUGUUGCCAAUCAAUUUUGUGGCUGCAGCCCAUGCAGUCCGACUUGAUGGUUUUAAAACAAGUACUGAUCAAAUUAGACGGGUUUCUUCACAGGCUUAUGACUGGGUCCUGCAAAUUGAACCAGAAUGUUGGACAAAUGCAUUAUUUAAAGGUGAACACUAUAACCAUGUGACAUCCGACGUUGCAGAGACAUACAUCAAGUGGAUAGAGGAAGUACGGGAGUUACCCAUAGCACAGAAGAUCGAAGUGCUAAGUUGUAAGCUGAUGGAGUUGAUAAACACUCGUCGAACAGAUUCAAGUACAUGGCCUACAAAGCUCACUCCAUCCAAGGAGGAAAAGUUGCGACAAGAAACUCUUCAAGCAUAUGGUCUUAAAGUCUUAUUUUCAUCUGAUACUCUUUUUGAGGUUCACAAGGACUCCAUCAAUGUUGUGGAUAUUGAUAAAUGGGACUGUAGUUGUCUGAAAUGGAAAGCAACCGGCCUACCCUGCUGUCAUGCUAUUGCCGUCUUUAACUGCACUGGUAGGAAUGUAUAUGAUUAUUGUUCAAGAUACUUUAAAGCCAACAACUUUCAGUUGACGUAUUCUGAAUCUAUAAACCCAUCGGCCCCUUUCCAGCCCUUGGAUAGUGACACAAUUGACUUAGAGACUCUGCAUGUACUUCCUCCAUUCAUCUCCAAGCCACAAAACCAAGAAAAGAAAAAGCAGACCAGAACAAAGGGUGUGAUCACAAGGACAGUUACUUGCGCUAGGUGCAAGGAAGUUGGGCAUAACAAAGCAACGUGCAAGGCACCCACCACCCCAACCCCAUAG